AUGAAUAUCCCAUAUCUAAAAACUUAUUAUCGUCGAGGUUCUACAUUUCUAACUUCUGAACAAAUAGAAACAAUUAGAACACUCAAAGGCAAGGUAUCUAAAUAUAAAAUAAUAGGAGAUUUCAAUAUUAAUGAGCAUAGGGUUAAUGAUAUAUGGGAAAAUUGUGAACGCAAACAACAAAUGAUAUACUCUCGAUCAACUCGAGCACAAAGUACCAUUUCUUCCGAUAUAUUACCUGAAAAUUCCAACCAAAUUGGCAUUACCAUGCCGGCUUAUGCCGAAAGAGAGAUUUUACAUCUGGAAUUUACUACUUUCUCUGAUAAAGAAAUAAAAAAGAGAAGUUCCAAAUCUCGGUCUAAAUUUGCUCACAUAUCUGAUCUAAUAUCUAGCAGUAGCUCAAUAUUAGUUAAUAAUAAAAACCCAACAGAAAAAAUAAGUGGGAGCUCUAGGAAUGAUGAUGUUCCUAUUGAUAUAAUUGAUCAAAUUGAACGAGAAAAUAAAAGAAAAGAUAAAAACUUAGCUAAUA